ACAAUUUAUCACAAAAUUCUCGUCGGAACACACCUCUAUUAACUUCUAAUAACAAAUCCAGUGCUAGCUGUGAUGAUUAUCUUUCAUCCUUGUCUUCCCAGAUAAAUAAAACUAGAGCAGAUAAUUUUUCAUCUUGGAGUUCUCCAUUUAAUGGCACGCAAGACUUUAUAUCUGGUAUUCCCCAAACAAAUGAUGUAAUGCUAGACAUUCAAGAAAACGCACUUGAAGUUAAUAAUUUUGAAUUUGGGCUUGAUGCUUUUAAUCAAAAAAUUGUAUUUGUGGGUCAUAAUUCAGGAAUUGAGUCUGAAGACUGUAAUUUAGAAUGUAUAUCGAAAAACGAUAAUUUAGGGAUUGUGCAUGAAGACAAUUUAGAGAUUAUGCCCGAACGCUGUAUUUUAGAAAUUGAAUCCAAAGAUUAUAACUCAGAUGAUUCAGAAAUUAAUUUUGAAAAUCAUAAAUCAGAAUUCAAUUAUUAUCCAGAAUUUAGAUUACAAAAUUAUUUUAUAGAAUUUAUUUAUUC